ACCAGUUCGACUGAUGAGAAGAAAGUAGAGAAACCAUUGAGCACUGAGCAGAAGAAGCUUUUGACGGGAUUCGGCUUCCGCUUCGUUGCUUCUUCUUCUCCCAGAAACUCCAAAACAAAAUGAAGCUCGUCAGGUUUUUGAUGAAGUUGACCAACGAAACUGUAUCGAUCGAGCUCAAGAACGGUACUGUUGUCCAUGGCACCAUCACUGGUGUUGAUGUGAGCAUGAACACGCACUUAAAGACUGUUAAAAUGACUAUGAAGGGGAAGAACCCUGUGACUCUCGACCAUCUAAGCUUGAGGGGUAACAACAUCCGCUACUACAUUCUUCCCGAUAGCUUGAACCUUGAGACUUUACUUGUAGAGGACACUCCAAGGGUUAAGCCCAAGAAGACUGCUGCUACUGGGAAGCCUGUUGGACGUGGCCGAGGACGUGGUCGUGGACGUGGCCGAGGCAGGGGCCAUUAGGUGUAUUUCUUUUGCAUAUAACCUUUUGUUGGCUACUACUAUCUACUGGAAAUUAAGGUCAGUGACUUUGUUUUGUAGAAGAAAAGAACAUUUGCUCUGCCAUUAAUAGGGGAAUGUACUAAUAUGCUAUGAUGGUGCUCAUACAAAUGUUUAGUAGUCAUUGCGUAAAGAGCUUUAUUCAUGUGACUAAAUACUAAACACAUUGAUUCUUUAGUCGUUAGUCACAAAUCGUGCUCUCUUACUCUGCGAACCCGUUUCACAAGAUUGUGCAAUUGGGUUCGUGAUUGUAAACCGGUUCCCCUAUAUAAUCGUGGGGACUGCACGGGUAAGGAAAAGAGGAAGGCACACCGUAUCCAUGAGGCGACGGAUAACAAGGAGGCACGACUUUUUUCUCCGGAGGUUUCUUAUCAUCUUUCUUGUCUCCGUCUUUCUUGUCGCCUUCUUUUUUGUCACCGUCUUUUUUCCCUGCAUCCUUCUUCUCAUCUUGCUUCUUUGGAGGCUCGACUUUGCUUACGCUUACAAGCUCUGCAAAUGCUACCUUCUUCCUGAUUUUAUUGGUGAGGGCGAUCAGAUCAACUUCAGUACCGGUUAUCUCUAUCUGGUUCCUGUGGUCGCCUUUUAUUUCCACGGCACUCACGCCUUUAAACUGAACUGCUUUGGUCAUUGCUUUUGCUCGGGUUUUGUCAUCAGUCAUAGUCACUCUUAUCAGGAUCUUUUGCUGCAUUUGAAAAUGAUAUAUAAACACAUAAUAUACAUAUAUUGCUUCUUGUUGAGAAC